AUGUCAUUUAAAAAAGUUAUAACAAGAUCUUUAAGUAAUUCAAUCAGAUUAUCGAAUUCAAUGUCUUCAAUUCCUCAAACUCAAUAUGGCUUCUUCUAUAAUAAAGCCUCCGGUUUAAAUUUGAAAAAUGAUUUACCGGUACCCAAGCCACAACCUGGUGAAUUGUUAUUAAAAAUUGAUGCCGUUGGUUUAUGUCAUUCUGAUUUACACGUGAUCUAUGAAGGUUUAGAUUGUGGUGAUAAUUAUGUUAUGGGUCAUGAAAUUGCCGGUACUGUUGCUAGUUUAGGUGAUGAAAAUGUCAAUUUUAAAGUUGGUGAUCGAGUAGCUUGUGUUGGACCAAAUGCUUGUGGUGUUUGUAAAUUUUGUCGAGGUGCAAAAGAUAAUGUUUGCACCGAUUCAUGGCUAAACUGGUUUGGUUUAGGCUAUAAUGGAGGCUAUCAACAAUAUUUAUUGGUUAAAAGACCAAGAAAUUUAGUUAGAAUUCCUGAUAAUUUAUCUUCAGAAAAUGCUGCUGCUUUAACUGAUGCUGCUUUGACUCCAUAUCAUGCUAUAAAAUUAGCAAAAGUUAAUCCUGCUACAAAUUGUUUAAUUAUUGGUGCUGGUGGAUUAGGAAUUAAUGCAAUUCAAAUUGCAAAAUGUUUUGGUGCAAAAGUCACAGUAAUUGAUAAAAAAGAACCAGCUAGACAAUUAGCAAGCAAAAUGGGUGCUGAUUUUGUUUAUGAAUCAUUACCUGAGUCUUGUAAGCCUGGUUCAUUUGGUGUCUGUCUUGAUUUUGUAUCAAUUCAAUCGACUUUUGAUUUAUGUCAAAAAUAUUGUGAACCAAAAGGUAUAAUUGUACCAGUUGGUUUAGGUGCACCUAAAUUAUCUUUUAACGUUGGAGAUUUAGAUUUAAGAGAAAUCAAUAUUCUAGGUUCAUUUUGGGGUACUUCAAAUGAUUUGGAAGAAGUUUUCCAAUUAGCUGCUGAAGGUAAAAUUAAACCAAUUGUUCAAGCUACUGAAUUGAAAAAAUUACCUGAAUUUAUUGAUAAAUUGAGAAAGAAUGAAUAUGAAGGAAGAUACGUAUUUAAGCCAUGA